AUGAAGUACAAUCCUUUUGUGACUUCUGACCAAAAUAAGAACCAUAAAAGCCAUUUCAGUGCACCUUCCCACAUCCGCAGGAAGAUUAUGAAUUCCCCCCUUUCCAAAGAGCUGAUGCAGAAGUACAAUGUGCGAUCUAUGCCCAUCCGAAAGAAUAAUGGAGUUCAGGUUGUGCGAGGACACUAUGAAGGUCAGGAAAUUGGCAAAGCAGUCCAAGUUUACAGGAAGAAAUACGUCAUCUAUACUGAGCGGGUGCAGUGGGAAAAGGCUAGUGGCACAACUGUUCAUGUGGGCAUUCCCCCCAGCAAGGUGGUUAUCACUAGACUGAAACUGAACAAAGACCACAAAAAGAUCCUUCAACAGAAAGCCAAGUCUCUCCAAGUAGGAAAGGAAAAGGGCAAAUAUAAGGAAAAAACAAUUGAGAAGAUGCAGGAGUAA